AUGGGCAAGCCAAGCGGAGGUUGUGGUACGUGUCGUGCGCGAAGAGUCAAGUGCGAUGAAACCAGACCUGUCUGCCGUCGAUGUAGGAAAGCAAGGCGGACUUGCUCCGGUUAUCGAGACCCGCACUCGGUAUGGUUUAGGGACGAGAGCGAUGCAGUAGCCCGAAGAGUCAAGGGAUCUGCCACUUUAGACACCGGAUCUUCAUCCGCAGAAUCUCCAAUUCUGACGCUAGCCAGAAGAAAUACUUCCUCUGAAUACUACCCUGGACAACACACCCUGCGGUUCCCCCUAGCGAUAGUUAACUUUGCGUUGGAUCAUACUUUCCAAGCCACAUGCUUUUUCCUGGACGCUUACACGUGGUUCAAUGCUUCUAAAAUAGUAGAAACCUCAUUCAAACAUGGGGCCGGUCCUGCGGAGUCCCUUGGCCAGAAAGCUAUGAUGGCUAGCAUUGCAUCCGUGGGAUUAGCGAAUCUUGCUAGUAUGCAGAGGUCCUCAUCAAUGCGGUUGUCGGCUCGGCACGAGUAUACUACGGCUCUACAGCUGACGAACGCAGCUUUGUGCGACCCGAAUCUGGUUACGGCAGAUACAACGCUGACCGCGAUCGUUUGUUUAUCAUUAUUCGAGAUUAUUGCUUGCCACAAAAAUGAGAGCCUGGAUUCCUGGAUCGAACACUCGCAGGGGGUGGCAACUGUCCUUGAACUUCGCGGCAGAGAUCAGCUUCGGCGCGAAGGCGGGUUCUGGAUGUUUCAAGCCCUCCGAAAUGAGGUGGUCCUUGGUUGCCUACAAAAGAAGACGAGGCUCCCUUCUGUUCUGGUCGAUAUGCCUGAUCAAGUAGCUGCCGACUUGCCGCCGUAUCCUUUCCCACCUGACGGGGAUCGACUAGUGAAGAUCAUGGCUAAAUUCACCGGGCUUCAGGCCGAUGUCAGAGAAGGAAUCCUCUUGGACAGCAGUGAGAUUGUAAAGAUGGCCAUGGCUAUAGACUUGGAGUUAGGGCAUUUCGCUAGUCAUGCCUCAGCCGAUUUCACCUACAAGGUAGAGACACAACCCGGUAGUGUGACAUCCUGCGAGCACGACGAGGGCAAUUUCUGCCAUUACCAAGGCACCUAUCACAUCUAUCAAUCCAUCUGGUCCUGCAAUAUCUGGAACAAUUAUCGCUACACCCGAAUUCUCGUUAACAGCAUGAUCCUUACCCAUCUGCGAUCAAUGGCCUCGAGUGGCCAUCAAGUUCUGGACUAUGGCCUCUUCAAGGACCAUUGCAUUCGCAUCCGUGAUCUGAUGAGGCAGCUAGCAACGGACAUCUGCUGCUCUAUCCCAUUCAAGUUCGGAGUUGCUGGUUUUGAUAAAAAGGAUGUCUUUGAUUCCCUGCAUACCCACGCGGGCACUGGGUUCACUUUGCUUCUGCCGCUGGCCAUGGCUGCACUUGUUGGCGGAGUUUCCAGCCCGAUGCAUAACUGGGCCAUGAGAUGCUUCCACGUCAUUGGUCGGGGGAUGGGCAUUGGUACUGCUUCAACCCUCGUCACAGUCUUGGGGAAUGAACCGGGUGGGCUACAUUGGAUAGAUGCGAUGGAGUCUGGCCACACCGUUUGUUCACGGGCCGUGUUACAGUAA